AUGUCAAGCAACUUCCGAGUGGUGAGUGCUGUUAUGAAAUUGUUUUAGGUAUUUGAAUAAGCCAAUUUUAUAAAUAUUGAGUAAAAUAGGAGCUUUUUAACUAACUUAAUUACUUCAAAGCUUUAAUGGUAUCUUCAGCGCAGAGACAUUCCAUUCAAAGUCUUGGAGCAUAAGAGUAUCUUCUGGGACGACGCCUCAUUUACAAAACCAUACAAUGUAAAUCUGAAGGGCCAGUUUAUCGGGUUUAUCACUUCAGUUCAGAAAAGAGCAAAGUAUUGCUUAUUAGAAGUUCAGAUGCUCCCGGGAAGCUUGAGUCGUGUUUUCGUGCCAGCCCAGCCGGUUAAGCCUUGCGAGUUCAAGUUGUUCACGAAAAUUGACAACAUUUCUCCAGAAUAUCACGAGCCUUAUCAGUUGUUCAACAUCAGCAAUCCUCCUGAAGAAUCGAAAACCAUGUUUAACUGGAGACAGGUCAAUCACUAUGUCAAGGAGGGUGAAUGUUACGUGAGUUUUGACUAAGAAUUGGUUUAGGGGAAAAAAUGUCUGAAUACAUAGUUAAGACAAAACAUUGUAAAAGUCUAGUAUCCUUAAGAUACUAAGGUUUCGCAAUAGUGUAUUUUAAAAGUUUAGGUAUUCUAAUAUAUAUAACACUUUUGUUAUCUUUUUUUAUCCAAUUUGUCUUUCAGAUCAUGGUUCCGAUCAUUUUUGUGUCAGGAAAACUGAACUCUCCUACAGAGUCAGAAGCUACUACGGAGACUCCUGAAACUAUGAGCUUAGCAUGUUCUAAACAAGGCGUACCAUUAACAACGUGCACUUUAAAAGCCGAGUCUUCAAUAGGUAUAUGUCUUCCCGAGGCCAAAGAGGAACCAGUCGAAGAACCUUACUAUCACGUAGCUCACAGUCCUUGGAUUGGCCCGGUUGUCGUUCAAAAUGAAACUCUGCAUUACAUGAAGUACCUGUUUUACUACGUAUUUGUGAAAAGGUACGUUUUUUAGUUUUUAUGAAUUAUUUGGUGAGAUUUUAGUGUAAUUUCUUUAAUAGAACUUUAUUUUAUUUUUUUUUGCUUUUUUAACUAGUUGGAUAAGGUUUUAGGUUGAGUAUUGAUAUGAAAACGAUGCUUGGUACUACGGGGACGGAGUGGAUAGCGAGAAAUUCCUAUCAAGAUUCAAUGAAGGUCAUGGACUUGGACAUUAAACAGGUCAGUGGUAUUAUUAACUUCACAAUUUGUUUGUAAAUACUAGUAGUAUUACUGUUAUUAUUAGUAUAACAUUGCUAUGGAUCUGCCAUUUAGUAUUGUAAAUCUAUUUUUAGUGGAUGCUACCUGCUGUUCACGCUCAUGAUUAUGGUCUGGUUGUGUGGACAGAUAAAAGAGAUGUGGCCAUCUUUGUAUCGGAAAGGCAUUAUCUUAUUCCUGGUGUUAUGCCUGGAAAGAAGGGGAGCCUGAUGCCUGGAUAUUGGGUUAGGUUCAAUACCUGCAAGCAUAUCAAUGGUCAUUUGUUUGCCUUGAAUCCGAUCAAGAGAAAUCUGCCACCUGCAAUCCUUGCUUCCGUUUACGACAAAUCUUCGGGUCUCAUUAUGGUAUGUUGUUAAACAUCAGUAUUAAGGGCAAGUCUGUUACAGCUCAGUGUCGCAACAUGCAGUAUGAAUAGGGAUGGCACAGCAUCAUUCAAAGCAGGGCCUAUCACACAUCUUGCUCACAAUCCCGACAAAAUAGAAUUAAAUGGAAGAAAGCCAAUCAUUUUUUACUGUCCCAAGGCCAAUCGAUUUAACAUUAAGCAAGCGGCACCACAACGGAAGGUAUAA